AUUUCCCAGACCGCGCCUUAUUAACAAUGUACGUCGCUUCAUCCUGUUCAACCCGGCUCAACCAACACAAUUAAUUCAUACUCAAUACUCGACACGCAACAUCCGCAUUUUCACAUAUGCGACAUUGAAACUUGAAUUUACAUUUUAACUCGAAAUAGGAGGGAACCGGAGGAGGAAUUAGGUCAUAUAUUUUAAAUAUGUCCUCCUCACUACUUCAUCCACCUAGCCACUUACCUCCAGCUACAGCCUUGCAACAUUCACAGCAAGCCCCGACCAUACUUGGAAACUCUACCGGUGCCAUUUCAAGUUCUCUCAUCCAGUCUCUUCUCUCGGCCCCGGAAACUCCUGAGUUAUGGAUUACGUAUGAGAACCUCUUAUUAUCGUGUCUUCGUACCGGAGACGAUGAAUCCGCGCAUCAAUGUCUAGGGAGACUUGUGAACAGAUUCGGUGACGACAAUGAACGAAUUAUGGCUCUGAAAGGUAUACUUAAGGAGGCAGAUGCCGAUGAUUCCGCUACAUUGGACGCUGUUCUGAAGGAAUAUAAUCAGAUCUUAGAAGACAAUCCAACAAAUAUCCCCAUACUGAAGCGUCGUGUAGCGCUUUUGCGGUCUACUGGGCGAAUUUCCAAGUCUGUCAGCGCUUUGAUAUCACUUCUCGAUAUCUCACCUACGGAUGCGGAGGCCUGGGCUGAGCUUUCUGAUCUUUACUUCUCUCAAGGGCUAUACUCGCAGGCCAUAUUCGCACUUGAGGAAGUUCUUGUCCUGCAGCCAAAUGCUUGGAACAUAUAUGCUCGCUUAGGCGAGAUAUUGUACAUUUCUUCGAAAUCACCGGGCAACGCAGGUCAACUAGUCGAAGCCUUAAAGCGCUUCAGUCGAAGUAUCGAGCUCUGUGACGGUUAUUUGCGAGGUUAUUACGGCCUUAAGCUAACUGCGAAGCAACUUCUGAGCGAUGCCCCGGGAGCAGCAACAGAUCGGACAGGUUCCGAGGGGUUCGCCGGACCUGAUGUGGAUACACUCAACAGACUUGAUGAGAUGGCUACGGAGAAGCUCGCGGAGAUCGUGCGGCGCAAUUCGGCAGGAGAAAGGGGAUGGCAAGGAUACGAUGAAGCAGAGAUCAAGGCGACCCGGGAACUGCUUGAAAGUGGUUCGGACGCGACCAUUAGGUGAGGAGCUGCCGUUUAUGAUGGAGUCGCUGCACGGCAGAAGCUCAAGUGAUCCGUCACGAUGCCCACUUUAGCCUCACUCACAUGGCCGGGUUCCUUGCAAGACAUCGCAAGUCAUUGUGCGACUAAUGGAAAAAAGUUGCAUCUGGCAUAUGCAAAAGGGCAAAGGCACCAAUUGGUGCCUUGGGUGGAUUUCGUAUCUAGAGGCGGUGGGACUUUAGGCAUGCCGACGUGUCCAGUCUAAAGUAUGCAGUAUGCUGGUUUAGCCAACUACCCUACCUGCCUACCGGAUGACUGUUCCUACAGUAUGAAUAGCACGUGGCACCAGUCGCGC